AACACCAGAGGGAAGGACAUAGUGCUAGGAGGAAGCAAGAAGAUAGGCCAGUUGGAACUGCAGGGGAGAAUCUCUAAUUCAGUGCAAUUCCAUCCUUUGUCUCAGCAAAUUGUGAGGAGGAAGAUUUGAAGGGCAGGAGACCCUGGAAGAGCUGGUGGAGAGGACAGCACCACAAGUGGCUUCAUGGAGUCGCAGGCAACAACAAAGGGAACAUUCUCAUCCUUUCCCCAGAUGGGUACCAUUUCCUUCCCACAAGGUCCAAUAGGAACACCUGUGCCAUUAUAUAAAUCGAAAGCAUACCUGCAGAACUUCCUGAAAGGGGAGCCCAAGGUGCUGGGGACUGUCCAGAUCAUGAUCGCCCUGAUGACCUUUGCCUUGGGAAUGAUUAUCAUUUUGGUUCAACCGAGACGUUACCCACAUGAACAUUUUUUUCUUAGCACUGGCUACAUAUUCUGGGGAACAGCAUUUUUCCUUGUCUCUGGCUCCCUCUCCAUUGCUGCAGAGAAUAAAACCACAAAUACUCUGGUCCAAAGUAGCCUAGCAAUGAACACUAUCAGCACAGUGGCAGCUGGGCUGGGAAUCAUCUUUUUAUCAAUCAACUUGGCAAUGAAUGAUUCAUCCUAUUAUUAUUGUUACCAAGUAACUGCCCAAGAUACCUGUGUUUGCGGUUUGGCUGUGUUGCUGGGAAUCAAUGUGAUUCUGCUGAUCCUCGCCAUUUUGGAAUUUGCCUUCUCCAUCGCAGUCUCAAGCUUUGGCUGUAAAGCAACUUGUUGUAGUCAGAGUGGGAUUACCAUCUUCAUGCCUUCUCCAUCCCAAGUACCAGUUACUGAGGCAUAAAGAGGAGAGAAACUACUUCAAAGGAGAGCUGCUGACACCACCGCAUUACCUGGAAGUCACCCUGACAGUCUCAUAUAACACACAUGCUUCCCUGUUCCUCAGAGAAAGCUCCUUCCAUCAUUGGCUGUUUUUCAAUGAAACAAAGAGCGGGUUGUUUCUUUUUUCCUGUAACUCUUUGUUAACAUUCCCUUUCAUUCUUAAUCAUGCACUGAUCACGUAUAUUUCCUAUUUCUCACCCAGUCCCAUGAAUAUCUCAGGAUUUGCUCAAAACUGUAUCAGCAAAAAUAUCAGGAAAUCUUUUUCCUUUGGCUGCACACCAAGACUAAUUUGCCCAAUACUCCCCAUGGAUGCUGGGAAAUAGGGUCUCUACAAGACAAGAGAAGAGAAGGAAAAGAGAUGGGAAUGGGAGUACCAAACAACUUCUGUUCUUCAUGAAUGAAGAUUCCCACCUAUGGAAUUUUCUGCUGCUCCUAUCUGUGAAAUUGGAUGUUUCCACCUCCAGUGGCCUGGACUCCAUCAUCUUUGUUCUUUGCCCUCUCUGUUUGCUCCUCAAGCAUCCUGACCGUUGCUGUGAAUACCUCCUCUCAACAUUGCUUCCCUGCCACUGAGGCAUUUGUAGAGGAACUUAGGCUGAUCUAAAAGUUUCUUCUUCCUUUUCUGACCCCAGAGUUGCUCACACAAUCACAAAUUCCCUCAUAACUGAUCCCUUUCCUACCACCAACGUCACCUUUCAGAACUUCCUCCUUUGGACUUUUGGACUGGGACUGAGAAGAGCUGUGGCUGAAGAUCCUGCCUUUGCUGCUUCAUAUCUAUGUGCCCAUAGACUAAGUUUUCUGAACCUCAGUUUCCUUUCCUGUAAAAUAGGAUUAGCCAUGUCUAUACUAGUGAUCUCACAGGAGGGUUAUGAGCAUUCUAUGGCAGAGCAUAUUCCUGGUUCUUUUUGAACCUAGGAAUGCCGACUAAGUGUCAGUGUGGUGGUGACAUAUAGUUGUGUACUCAGAGUAAGGAAAACUGAUUGUACAUCUGCCCCAGGGCCCUUCCUAGCUGUGCGACCCUACUCACCUCACUGAACUUCAUCUCAGUCUCAGUUUUCUCAUCUGUAAAAUGAAGCCAAUAAUAGCCCUGCCUCCCGGAGUUUUGUUUUUUCUUGGCAAGGAGGACCUAAUGUUUGAAAAGUGUUUUGCACACCUUAAAGAUUCAUAUAAAUGCUAACUAGCUAACCGUCA